GCGGGCCAUCCGGCGGAUCGGGAGCAGAGGGGAGGGGAGCUGGAGGAGCUCGGUACGCGCAGGGCGGCCGGAGCAGCAUGGCGGAAGACGAGAGCGAUCAGGAGUCAGAGAGGCUCGGCGAGGAACUCGAGGCCAUUGCCGGGCCGCGGCUUCCCACCGGCUUGUCCCCGGCCUUGAGCAGCCAGUAUUAUUGCUACCGCUUCUGUCAGGUUGUGGAAGACUAUGCUGGAAGAUGGCAGGUUCCUCUGCCACAGCUUCAAGUGCUUCAGACAGCGCUCUGUUGUUUCACAUCUGCUUGUGUAUCAUUCCCAACUGAUUGUGAGCACGUGCAGUAUGUGCUGAGUAGCUUAGCCUUGAGUUUUUUUGAAUUGCUGCUGUUCUUUGGAAAGGAUGAAUUCUAUGAAGAUCCUUUAAAAGAUAUGCUGGGCUCAAUCCAGGAAUGUCAGAACCUCUUGAGCAGAUAUGGAAGCGUUAAUUUGGAGUUGGUGACUCGAAUUAUCAGAGAUGGAGGGCCUUGGGAAGAUCCUGUAUUACAAGCUGUCCUUAAAGCAAAGCCAGUUUCUCAGGAUUUGGUUAACAAAUAUUUAAGCUCUGAAAACCCACUGUUCUUUGAAUUGCGUGCCAGAUACCUUAUUGCCUGUGAACGCAUCCCAGAGGCAAUGGCUCUAAUCAAAUCUUGCAUGAAUCAUCCGGAUAUUAGUAAAGACCUUUACUUCCAUCAAGCAUUUUUCAUGUGUCUUUAUAUGUCACCACUGGAAGACCAGCUUUUUCAGGAGCACUUGCUGAGGACUGAUUGCAAGAAUGGCACUGAAAUCAUCUGCAACAUUGCAAAGGAAGGGAAGACUGCCUUAGCCUUGUACCUUUGUGAAUCAUUCCUUAUUCCACAGCUCAAAAAGGGAGAGAUGUAUUGCAUAUGGGAGCUGAUCUUUAUUUGGAGUAAACUGCAGCUUAAAUCUAAUCCAUCAAAACAAGUAUUUGUAGAGCAAUGCUACCACCUCCUAAGGAUAGCUACAAACAUAAGAGUUAUAUUCCCUUUCAUGAAAGUUAUUAAGGAUGAAGUUGGCAAAGAAGGCCUGCAGAUUUGUGUUGAGAUAUGUGGAAGUGCUCUCCAGUUGGAUCUCCGUGAUGAUCCCAAAAUGAAGUGUCUGAUAUAUAAAACCAUUGCUCACUUUUUGCCAAAUGACUUGGAGAUUGUCAGAAUAUGUGCUCUUUCUGUCUUUUUCCUUGAGCGCACCUUGGAAUCAUAUAGCACAGUUGAACAUCUGUAUAAAUGUGCGGAUGAAGAGUACAACGAUCAAACCAGUUCUGUUCAGAAUCGUGUGCGAUUUGAGCUGCUUCCAAUUUUGAAAAAGGGGUUGUUCUUUGAUCCCGAGUUCUGGAAUUUCUUGAUGAUCAAGCAGAACUGUUUAGCACUGCUAAAAGAGAAAGCAUCAGUUGAUUUGAAUAAAAGUACGCCAGGGCAUUCUUCCGCACAUGUUUCAAAGACACGUCGAGGAUUGCGUGGUGAUCAAGCCUGUAUAGCUGAUGUAAACAAUACAGAACUAGAGCAUGAUAGCCCUUCUGGAGCACAUGAUAAUUCCAAGAAAAACCAUAUAACUCUCAGUUCAUCUAAAGUCGAUCACAAUGUACCAAGGCACCGUUGUGUGUUAUGUAACAGGGAAUUUCUUGGUGGUCACAUUGUGAGGCAUGCACAAGCUCAUCAGAAAAAAGGCAGUUUUUCCUGUGUAAUGUGUCGCAGGAAAUUCAGGCAAAAAGGAGUAAUGCUCAAGCACUUAAAGAAUCACAUCAAGAAAAUGACAAGGCGUCACCUUGCUGUUACUUGUCAUGAUCAGGAAACCCCUAAUGUAAAUGAAAUAAACUGUGCCGAUACAGGUGUCACAACUGAAAAUGGGAAGUCGGAAAGCUGCAAAGACAGCAAAGUAGAGGUUGUCAUCAUACCGGAUACAAAUCAGGAGAUGCAGAAUUCUGAACUCCUAGUUGAUAUAACUGAAAAUCAUGAUAGUUGCCAGGGUACCAUCAUCGAAAAUGGUAGUUGUGAUAGCUGUUCAAAUAAUACUCCUGAACCAGAAACCAUGGGAGGAUUUCCAGAAAGUGAUAGCAACCUAAAUAAAGAGUUGCCUGUACUUCAUAAAGUAAAUGGGGUGUUAUGCACUCAGAAUGACUUUGACAUUAUGGACCAAGCAGGUAACUUCAAGUGUCCUGCUAAUGGCUGUAUUAGAGUCUUUAAAAAGAUAAGAUUUCUGAAUAAACAUGCCCGGAAAGCUCACCCCUCUGAUUUGAAGGUGCAAGAACACAUAAUGAAGUCUAAUAAAGGAAAAUGUCGCUUCUGUCAGAGAAAGUUUUUUGAUUCUCAACAUUUUAUUGAUCAUCUAAAGCAGCAUGUUUAUCCAAAUGUUUAUUUUUGUUUACACUUUAACUGUAAUCAGAGAUUUAAGCUAUCCACAGAACUUGCGGAGCAUAUAAAAAGCCACAGUGAGUUUAAAGCUCAGUGUAACUUUGCACAGUGCGGUAAACUUUAUGAAGAUCUUUCGUUGCUGUAUGAGCAUGAAGCUCAGCAUUAUUCCAUCAAAACUGGUCCUUCGGAAGAAGCUGAUGAAAACAUUUUUCCAGAUACUACUUUGGAAUCCCAGUGUAGCAUCCAGGAAAAAGAAAGUAGUAAUAGUAAAAAUGAGACUGUAAUAGACUUGCCAGUUCCAACAUGGAAAGCGAGGAAAGAUUCUACAGAACCAAAGACUUACAUUCAGAGUGAGAAGAAAAUUAAUAGUGUAAUUCCGAAUGGGAAUGAAAAUGCAUGUGAAGGUCCUGCUACAGUGGUGAACUUGAUAGACCAAAAGAUACCUGCGGUAGAGCCAAAUUCAGAGAACUGUAAUGUUACUGACCAACUAGUCAAUGGGUAUGGUGAACUGGAACAGACUUCUUCAGCAUCCCUAGAUACUGAUUCAGAAAGUGUGAUUGACAAAACAAGGACAGAAAAUGGAUCCGUUCUGCCUGUUUUACAGAACUCUCCUGAUACACCACCAAACAGUGUUGCUCAGUUGCCUUCCAAACCAAAUCUGAUAACAGAAAAUACUUCAUAUGGCUUAAUUUUAACAAAGCCUUUUGUUAGACCAUUGCCACCAAGUUACCUGGAUGAGCGAUACAUUAGCAUGCCAAAACGUAGAAAAACUUUGACUGAGAAAGUAGAUACCCAUUCAGAACAAGAUAAAACUAGUAGCAAAUUGGAAAGGUUAAGAUGCAGCAAAUGCCUGACCACCUACUGUAACUCAGAAGCACUUGAGCUUCACCUUGCACAAAAGAAAUGUCGGACACUCUUUGGAUUCGAUUCAGAUGAUGAAAGUGCCUGAUCAAAUGUUGUGAGAAGAUUUCUCAGUGAAGAGUGAUGUGGUGGAGCACUACAGUAUUCUGCAUCAGUUGUCUUUCCCUUGUUGGCCUUAAUUAUAAAGAAGUCUGAAGUUACUAAAGAAAAUCAUGAUCUUGCUCACUUGGGUCAGAUCUAAGUGACUGUAGGAACUGCAGAAUUUGAGUCCAGAAAAACUGUGUUAAAGCCCCCAAAGUACCAGUAAUCUAGAAGCCACAAGGUCCUACAUGAAGUUCCAGUGUAAGUAAGUUCAAAGUGCAGUAACAUACUGAAUGGGAACUAGGGAGAAACACAAGUGGUACAUGCCUCUUUCAGAUGUGCACAGUCAAAGGAAGCCUGUCUAUAUUAUAACAACUAUUUUGAGUCAUUCUAUUAAAUGUCCGUAUGCAUAAAACCCAGUCAAUUGAAAAUUCAUCUGUUUGUAGAGGUUGAUUAUUCUUAGCAUUGGCAUUUGGCUUAUAUUGUACUGUACUUUGGAAAGAGAACUCGUGAAUGUAACAGAAGAUCAGAACAUGGCCAUAUCCUGGUAAAAAUGUUAAGGCAUACAAAACAUGGAAGCAUGUCUCAAUCUAAUAUUUCAAAACACAAGUAAUUAAAGUUCUUUCAAAUGCACCAACUUUCCUCCCCCCCCCCAAUACCUGACCCAUAGAUGACAUCUAUAAAGAAUGCAGGCGCAGUGAAAAUUAUUUAAGUACAGUGUUGGAUAUAUGCAGUUUGAGGCUUAAAAGUAAAUGCAUAUAAUAUUGAAGGCAUCUGAACUUGACCUGAAAUAUAAAAUGAUUUUUUUAUUCAAAGUAUAGUUAUUAUGUUGGUACGGUUGAUAUCUUGAAAGACCAGUUUCCUCUAUAAAAUGAGCUACUUGGUUGUUAUUUUUUAAAAAGAUACAUUUCCAACUUUUCUAGAGUCCCACAAGAUUCAAAGUAGAUUGUCAAUCCUAGGAAUAAAAGCACUUGGCAAAAUAACUUCAUUCUUGGUGAAAUAGCAGGGAAUUAAACGAAUAUACCCAUAUUGUAAUCAGUAUAGGAAGAUAUAAUUAUCUUUAUGAAACAGUUGCUUUUUCUGAAAGAUUAUUGAAAUGUAUGACAAUUCGCACUGUGCCUUGAGAGGUGAAGCUUUAACCAACCUCAUUCAUAACAUAGUAUAUGUAAAGACAGAGCAUUCAGAUUCAAAAUAAGAUCCAAACAAAUAUUUUCUUGAAUAAAUCAAUAUGCAAAUUUUCAUUUCAUGAAAGGUCACAUGUCAAGAGACUUUGCUAACCACAGAUAUUUUGGAGACAUUUAUAUGGGUGGAGUAGUAUGUUUCAAAGCAUUGAAUGAUGGUGUGUGAGUUAUCAACACAAUUUUAGGCAUUUCAACUUGUUGAUCAGGUUCACGUAGUUAUCUCUUCUCAUCCAUAAAACAAGCGUAUUUCAGGGUUAAAAACAAAACCUCCAUAAUCAAAUCUAGCCAAAUGGCGGGGAAAGGAUGGAAUUAUGAUCUCACACAAACAUGCUUGUACACUAAAACUAUCAUUUAGUGUAUUGGACACCAAAGUAUGUGUUUAACCUUUGCAUGCAUUUGAGGUUAUUGACUUGGAUCCAGAUUUUUGUUGAGCCAUAGGUAUUCCUUAAUCUGCACUUAUUAAUUGCCUUCUAAACCAAUCUCAGUGGUUUACACAGAAUAAUUUAAAGCAGUUAAAAACACAAAAACAUAAAAUACAGUUAAGACAAUACUAAAACCCUAACAAGUGGACCCUCUUGGCAAAGCCCCAGCUGGGAGAGCCUGCUGGAACAAAAAUGGCUUCAGCCAUUUCUGGUAAGUGCAGAUAGCGGCCACCUGUCAUAUCUCAACAGGAAUGCUAUUUCACAGAACAGGCAGCCACAUUAAGAGCUCUGCUCAGAGUUAAUGUGGAGCAGGCUUCUGAAGUCCUUGAACUUGUAGGAGGAACUCUGAUCUACUGGCUGUAUGCAAGAUAAGGCAGUUUCUUAAGUAACCUGGUCCUGAGCUGUAUAGGGACUUGUAUGUCAAUACCAAUACCUUGAACUUGGCAGCAAUUGCCUACUUUUCCUUCUGCCAGUGGGAACAAUGGAUCAGAAGUCUUUGAAGGAACCGUUUUGCAGAAGGCCUAGUUUGUAUUCUGCCCACUGUCAAAGCUGCUCUAGACUAUACUAAAAUAGCAAAAUUCAAACCCAAUAUAAUCCAGAUUAUAAUAGCAGAUUUCUGUUAUGUACACAUUAUAAAAUAUUACUUUGCAUGGAAAUAAUUCUCAUAGCACAUUACACAAAUGCCAUACCUGGAUUCUCUGCUUUUUACCACUUGAGAUCCAAUAUAACAAUUUUUUUUUGGUUUUGUUUCUGUGUACCCUGGCACCCGUAAGUGUUUAGUAGUUUACAUUAAAUGGGAGUCAUUAACAAAUUUUGGAAUUUAACUGAUUUAGCUGGAAUCUGCUUGAUACCAUUACUAGAUUAGUAAAUAUUUUUUCCUAUCAUUGGAAUAUUAAAAGUGGAAAUUCUCAUAAAUGGCAUUUAAUUCAGUGGAUUUCUGUCAAAAUGAAGAUAAUGACCAAGGAACGUAGCAAGAGUCCACAAGAGGUUGUUUUUCAACAGCUGGUAAUUCAGAAGCAUGUUGCCUUUGAUUCUGGACGUGGUAUAUAGCCAUCAUGACUAGUGGCCAUAACACUUUCAGUUUUCAAUAGUAUUCAUAUUCAGGUAGUCCUGGACUUGUGCGUAUUGGCUUUUUUAUUUAUUUCUAGUUACAUUGCUAUAUUUGAAUGGAAGAGUAUUAGUGCUGUUCAAAAACCUGCUUCAGUGGCAUCACACUGAGUAUCUUAAAAAAAAUAAAAUUAUUAUGCACUAUAUAAUCAAGUUGCUUUAAAAGACAACUGGGUUUUGCAGUGCUUUCCCUCUCCAGUUUAUGUGGAUAUUGUAGCUGUGAUACUUUAUCUGCUCUGCUGUUUUGUUUUUUGGAUAUGGACAACAAUCUUGGACACCUCUUUAGUUUGAAAUUGUGUUUAUUUUCUGUAUAUCACCAUAUAUUGGGUAUUCAAAAUUUGGCUUCCUCAGGAAUGAUUUCCUUUUUGAAGUUGAUGAAUUAUUUUCUAAAGUGUAGAAAAUCAGUCAUAAUAGCUGGAGGAAACAUUUUGUAAAAAAGAAAAACUACCCUUCUCUUAAAUGAUUACUUUUCAGUUUACUUUGCCUGUUGUAUCAAACCAUUUUUUAAAGAAAAUUUUUAAAUGAAUAUACCAGUACUUUUCAGUUAUUAUCUGAUCUCUUUGCUAUGCCACCACACAAAUGCUUUGGAUAUGUUUUAGUACUAGGACAACAUGCCAUUGUAUUGCAAAAAGGAUGGGUCUGCUGGCAGGUAUCUGAAUAUUUGGGAUUUCAGGCACCUUAAAACAGGAAUGCUUAAAAAUCAAGAUUGCAAACCCAAUCUUUGUGGCUUUUAAAGAAUAAGUUUACCGUAAACAGUGGCCAGAAUCUAACAAACCCACUAACUGCAAAAUGCUGAGAGAGCAAGAGAGCUCAGGAUAACUUUCUGAUUAAGGGCUCAGGUUACAAAACCGAAUCUUAGGUUUUGGCUGUUUGUAGGCUGCCACUGUUAAACUCAAUACAGGGAAUGGGAAACUUCAACCAACCAACCAACCACCUGCAUGCCCCUGGUGUAACUUCUUGAUUGUUCUGGGAAAUAAUUGGGAUCCCUUUUCUUGUUAACAUAGAACCAGCUUUAGAUGUACAAAGAACUGAAGCUGCUGGGACCAUAGGGGGAGGAUUCCACCCCCUCCGUGAUCCUGUUCAGUCUUCCUUGUUUCAGAUUUUUGGCCCAAGGUUUGUUGGAUAGUGGAGAUUUGCUAAUUCAGAUAACACAGUGAUGUAGUUAUUGAGAUGCAAACACCUAGGGGCAAAUAUUUGAACUUCGUGUGCUUAAAGCUGUUAUAUAUGGGUAGUCCACAUUCUAAGUAACUGAAAUAAGAAAAACCAUUGAACAAUUAUUAAUGGAUGGUGUUCCAUCUGUCUGUCUGUCCGCAUGACUGUAUUUCUCCAGCUGUUUAUGCCCCCCACCCUCCAAAAGGGACAGCACAAUAGAUAGUUGUUGUGAAGGGUUUACCCAGAGAAAUGUGCUGUGACAGCUGUUAGUCCCUUUCCAACUUUUCCUUACCCUAAUGUCAAGAGAAAAAGAAUGCCCACAGCCAUGGAAGUGUUACUGAACUCAUGACUAUCUUCUUGUCUUAAGAUUUAAAGGCUAGAAAAGAACACAGUGCCGUGUGUUCUAUGUUUCACCAGCUGGUGGCAAUAUUGGCAAUCUCCGCUUGCCCCAAUUAGGGUGACAAAUACAGAUUUCAUGGCUGACCAUGUUUUCUAAUUGAAUUCCCAGUAUCUAACUAUGCUAUCAUAUGGGAAAACUUUAUUAUUUUCAAGCAUUUCUGUUUAUUCUGACCCUGUUACAUAUCUGAUUAUCAGUUCUUUAUUUUUUAGAAUAACCCUUAGUGCCUAAAAGGGUUCUAAACUACCCAACUGUUGGCUGUGUUUUCCAGAUCAGUUUCUUUAGGAUUUGAAAGACACUUAAAAAGGAUGUUCACAGGUUUGUUACUAUAUAAAUUUGGUUCAUUUUAAAGGAUAUGUAAAAAUCUAAUUGUAUUAUUUUCUGGGUAACCUUCCUCUACAACCAGUUUUCUAGAAAAAGUUGGGAAUAGGAUAUCUGUGGGAAAGGUCACUGGUACUUUGGUUAUUUAGCCAUAUUCGUUAAACAUCUAUAAAUUGUAUAGUUCGGAUCAUGUAUAACAAGAAGGUUCGGCGAUACUCUUUGUUUAACACCAAGGGGUAAGAUGAAACACUUAAAAGGGGUGUUUUUUUAUUUAUUUUGUACUGUAUAACACUUUGAUUAAAUGCAGUAUGUGCAUUUUGAGACUCUUACUUUGUAAAAGCUAUUACAGAUUCACCAAGAAAGGAAAUUUGUGCUUCCUUCUUGAAUGUUAAAUUAUUUUAUUUUGCAUUUUAUAUGAAUACAAAUUAAAACUGAGCCAUCAAACUGCAAUAAAUCAACAGUAGUGUUUCCAUUUUAAACUUUUUGUAUUGUAAAUAGAACUGUUCAAUAAAAUAUUGUCUGUUAUUAAAGAUGA